GUGAGGCAGCGGGGGUGGGGAUCGGUCCGGGGGAGGCCUGGGGCCGCUGGCUUGUGUGCCGUCUCCGCCGCCCCCCGUUUCGCCGCCGCCGCCGCCGCCGCCCCGGGCAUGUCGUCCAACUGCACCAGCACCACGGCGGUGGCGGUGGCGCCGCUCAGCGCCAGCAAAACCAAGACCAAGAAGAAGCAUUUCGUGUGCCAGAAAGUGAAGCUAUUCCGGGCCAGCGAGCCGAUCCUCAGCGUCCUGAUGUGGGGGGUGAACCACACGAUCAAUGAGCUCAGCAAUGUCCCUGUCCCUGUCAUGCUGAUGCCAGAUGACUUCAAAGCUUACAGCAAGAUCAAGGUGGACAAUCAUCUCUUCAAUAAGGAAAACCUCCCCAGCCGCUUCAAGUUCAAGGAGUACUGCCCCAUGGUGUUCCGGAACCUCCGGGAGAGGUUUGGGAUUGACGAUCAGGAUUACCAGAACUCAGUGACACGCAGCGCUCCCAUCAACAGUGACAGCCAGGGCCGGUGCGGCACGCGUUUCCUCACUACCUACGACAGGCGUUUUGUCAUCAAGACCGUGUCAAGUGAGGAUGUGGCGGAGAUGCACAACAUCCUAAAGAAAUACCACCAGUUCAUUGUGGAGUGUCAUGGCAACACCCUUUUGCCACAGUUCCUGGGCAUGUACCGCCUGACUGUGGAUGGCGUGGAAACCUACAUGGUGGUCACCAGGAACGUGUUCAGCCAUCGGCUCACGGUUCACCGCAAGUAUGACCUCAAGGGUUCUACUGUUGCCAGAGAAGCAAGUGACAAGGAAAAGGCCAAGGAUUUGCCCACGUUCAAAGACAAUGACUUCCUCAAUGAAGGGCAGAAGCUGCACGUGGGGGAGGAGAGUAAAAAGAACUUCCUGGAGAAACUAAAGCGGGAUGUUGAGUUCCUGGCCCAGCUGAAGAUCAUGGACUACAGCCUGCUGGUGGGCAUCCACGACGUGGACCGAGCAGAGCAGGAGGAGAUGGAGGUGGAGGAGCGGGCGGAGGAUGAGGAGUGUGAGAACGAUGGUGUGGGCAGCAACCUGCUCUGCUCCUACGGCACCCCACCCGACAGUCCCGGCAACCUCCUCAGCUUCCCCCGGUUCUUCGGUCCUGGCGAGUUCGACCCCUCUGUUGAUGUCUACGCCAUGAAAAGCCAUGAAAGCGCCCCCAAGAAGGAGGUCUACUUCAUGGCCAUCAUCGAUAUCCUCACACCAUACGAUGCUAAGAAGAAAGCCGCGCAUGCUGCCAAAACAGUAAAACACGGGGCUGGAGCCGAGAUUUCGACUGUGAACCCUGAGCAGUACUCCAAACGCUUCAACGAGUUCAUGUCCAACAUCCUGACGUAGUUAUCUUCUACCUUCAGCCAGAGCCAGAUUGCUGGGAAGGGGGUUGGGGUUUGGGAGAGGGUGUAUUUGGGCUAGAUGGGAGGGUGGGGAGCAGAGUGGGGGGUCGGGAGGGCCUGCGACACUGAGAGCGACUCUAGCAGGGAGGGGGGUGUGCAGUGUGCCACGCUCACAGGAUGUGACCUUACCUUCUGCGUACCCUUCAUUUCUUCCCCCCCCCAUUUGACCCAGGUUAAAAAGGGGUUCCCUUUUUUGGUAUCUUGAUAACCUUUUGCGAUGCCUUGGGGCUAGAGGCAACUUUGGGAAAUCACUUGGGUUUUGUUUCUACAAUUUCAUUGCACCCGGUUUGCUGUGUAUAAUGAAGUAUGUCAUCACCUUGAGGCUCUCCCUCCCCCCCCCCAUACCUGCCUGGCUCUCAGUUCCCUUUCAGUUCAAGAGGCACCGUCGGGGGGGCGGGGGCCGGCACAAGGGGCCCCAGACAGCAAAUGCUGACACCAGCAAGGAGCAGAGGCCAGACACCUCAGCCCUGCCACCUUCCAUCCUAUCUGGAGUCACGUUAAUUUUCUGGAGUAUUGUGCAUAAGAGCCUCCGCUCUUCCAUCUGGGAUCCAAGGGAACUGUUCCAUCGUUAUCUUCCAGUGCUCUUCCUUGCAGAGGAGCACUGCAGGGUGGCACCGAUGCCUUGGAUGGGAGUCAAGAGAUUUUCCAAGGGAACAGGUCCACGCGCAUAGGAGACACAGCUGGUUGCGAUCACCGGUGGUCAUCACCUGAGCCCCAGGUACUCCUGGCCCCUGGAGUUCCAGUUCUGCCAAGCCUGCCUCUUCCUGGCUCAAGACAAACUAGAAAACACCUUUGGCUGUAGCAUGACCCUUGUAUUUCUGUGGUCAUUUCCUUGGGGAAACUCCCAGAAAUGAACGUGUCACAUGAACUGUGUGCACCAUCCAUUUCCUUCCUUCUGACCUCGGGCCCAGUCAUUUGUAGCUGGCGCAUGGCCAGGUACAGAGCCCCACAGGGACCUGUGUGCACUUUGUUGACACACUACUCCAAGCCCCAGCCUACCAUGUAGGUGUCUGGCUUCCUGUGCCCAUGGUUUCUCACCUGGACAGCUACAGCCACCAUGCACCCUGCCUUGGAGUGUGGCGUUCAAGCCUGAGGUCGCUUCUGAGUCAUUUGAGGUUGAGGCUCAGAAAAUUGAAUUUGGAGGCCUAAGGAGUGGUUUGAACCAGCCCACCUCAGAGCUAUUUAUCUUUGCUCUGCCCCAAACUUGUGGCAGAUCUGUGGCCCGCAGGCCUCCUUGGAAGGAGUGAAAUCCAAGAUUUCUGUUCAUAGCCUGAUGCCACAGCUGGCCCCCCAGGAAAGAAAAUGGCCCUUCCUCUCCAGCCGUGCCCUGGGGGAGAUGCAGCCCCCCACCUUCCCGCCUUCUCCAAAGGAACCAGGAAACUGGGAUGAGAGAUGAGAGAAAUCAUAGAUCAUCCCAAAGCUGUGAAGUUGGUUUGUGGAAUCGUUUUGGAUGAACAGAUGGCUUCCUGUGGCUCCCUCCAAAACUGGCCAUGCUCAGUGUAGGGAACAGGAACGGGCAGGCUCUGUCUUCCCAACAGAACACUUAGAUCAGGAAGGAGUGGAGACGGAUUGCUCGGACUUCCCUGGGGCUUCCAGAUUGAGAGGAAGUCGCCCCGGAGGACACAGGGGAGGCACCCACGCUUACCAAGAGGGACCCGACCCCCCCCUCCCCCCAACACCUGCAACAGGACCACUGAGGACCACUCGGAAUCACAUGGCUCCUGGAGAACACAGUUUUGAUUUAGGAAAGAGAUUAUGCAGGAAUAAUGUCUGGACUUGAUUUCUCCACCUCAUAAUCAAGAGUGCAAAUUUGGAUGUGCUCCCAGUCAGGCCCAGACAUCUGCAGAGCUUGGAAGGCUCUGCAGCCCCGGCCUGGGGGCUUGCAGGCCGCUCUGCAUUCGAUCUACAAUCAUGUUGCCAUAUGUGUAUGAAAGUGUAACACAAUCUUACCAGUUACUGAGUACCAGGUAUCUAACUUGUUUAACAAUGAGUUUUGUGGGUUGUUUUUUUUUUUUAAAUAUUGUUUACAUUUUGAGAGGUAGCAUUCUGUUUAAAAUGCUCUUUUUGUUUUUCUGACAGUAUUGUUGAUUGGGUCAAAACAUUUGAGCUGUGGCUUGAUGGAUUUUAGGAAUUUUUUAAAAGGUCAUUCUGUGUGCUCUCUUUAAAACCUUGGGUUAGGCCCUCUAAUUCCUUUGGCAUUCAUUCUUGUUUCAAAGCUAUUUAUCUUGGUCUCUAAGGAGUUUUUUUCUUUUUGUAAUGAUAAAGAUGUGCUGUUUGGCUUGCAGUCCGAAAGUGAACUGAUCCUGUUUAUCUGCUCCCUUUUCUCCCACACAAUCCCCUUGGGGGGGGAACCCCCCCCCCCCACUAGGCUCUGGGAGGAGCCUCACUUCCCCCCUUUCUCGGGGCUUCCAGGAACAAAGGUGUAAGAAUAAGGAUGUGGGUGACUGGCUGCAGUGGGUGGGGACAAGGGCAGUAUGCCACUCCCAUUCACUCGUGACGCCACUUCUUGAGGGGCAUCUAGUCACAACUUCUCCCUACUCUCUCCUGGGAAGUCUGUUGCUGAGAAACCCUCCAUGCUGGCUGAAGUGCAGAGCUCUGAAAACUCCACCGGCCAAUCACUAAUUGAUGGUCUUGGGCCAUCUCUCUAUCCUUGAACCACUGAGUCUCUGUGUCCCCACGUCCUGUGGCCUGGGGGUUACAGGACAGGCAGGAAGCCAGCAGUUCCAGAAGCAGGGCUCAGCCUCCUUAAUCUAGCUCAGGGGUUACUGGUCUGUGGCUGUUCUCCAGUUUCCACGACAGGCAGCUCUUCCCUCUCCCUCUUCUUCACUUGUCUCUCUGCCCUGUGCUUUAGGCCUGAUCAGGUCCCCUGGGUCGUGCUCAGCAGGGUGGGAGACUGGACUCAUCCUGGAGACUUUCCCCUCUUCACAGUCUCCCCUGGGGAGGCGGUCCAAAGACCCAGGACUUUGAGUAGCCAAUUUCACCCCCUAGUUAAUCCACUUGUCAUUUCAGAUCGAAAAGGAGAACAUUAGUGCUCUUUCUCGAGCAUUGUGCUAUGGAGUGUUAGGACCAGAAGGACCGUGUGCUUAAUUAAUCCUCAGCGCUCUGGCCGUUAAGACCAUGGCUGCCCUCAAGUCUAGAGACUUCACCUUUUUAUAGCAGAUGCAGUGGGGGGCGCGUCCUCAAAGGGAAAUGCUUUUGGACAGCUACCCCAAAUCUGCGAUCCAUCUGUGGAGAGGGGGGUAAUGACCUGCCCCUAACCCUCCUCUCAAAUGUGCCACUUAGGAAGCGUCCCCGCAAGGGGAAAGGAGACUCAGCUGUUCCUUCAGCAACUUAUGCAGACAGGAAGUUAGGCUGGAGAGGAAACUUCUACAAAAGCCCUUGCCUUGUUCACACCUAUUUUUGCAAGGAGGUAGGAACCAGCAUCUUUAGUGGGAAAGCCAGUCUCAGCACACAGCAGCAGACCAGAGCAUUAGACACAAUAAUGUGAAUCAAGUUUGGAGUCCCCUUUUGGGGGAAGCAGAAUAAACUACAACCCUACCACAUGUGUGACUUCUCAAUUUCCCACUGCAGGUUCCAUUUUUUAAAAUAGGAAUUUUCAACCCCCUGUGCUUGUCUAAUGUCUGCUUUAAACAGUUCAAGACCCUGUUACUGUUUUAAAAUGCAUGCAUGUUACGAUGAAAUCUCCAACCUGGGGAAAAAAUAAAACUCAAAAAGCUUUGGUA